AUGGAGGAUUUGUCUAAGAUGUGGAUGAAUCUUUCAUUAACGGAAGAAGAAAGUUUAGAUUUGGACACACCGGUGGAGGAACUGCAGGGAGGGUUAACAAGGGGGCGAGCAUGUGUGUUGGGGAAAUUAGUUGCGGACCGGUUGGUGAGUAAGGAGACGAUCAAGUCAGAUAUGAUGCGUUGGUGGAAACCUUCGGAAACAUUUUCAUUCCAAGUUUUGGGAGAGAACUUGUUUCUGGUGGAAUUCACGAACAUAGGAGACAAGAAGCGAAUUCUGGAGGGUAGACCUUGGGUCUUUGAAGGGAGCCUUUUUCUCAUCGAAGAUUUCGACGGUCUAUCAUCACCAUUGGAAUAUACUUUUGAUCGAGCAGCCUUCUGGGUUCGGAUGGUGAAUUUGCCGUUGGCGUGCAUGACUCAAAUGACUGGACGAAGGAUUGGAUCAACUGUUGGAGUGGUGGAGGAUGUUGACACGGAAGCGGAUGGUAUUGGUUGGGGGGCAUAUUUGUGCGUCAAAAUAGAAAUUGAUCUGGCAAAGCCACUCGCUCGGGGAAGAAUGCUCAAAGUACAAGGAAAAUCGAAAUGGAUAGCCUUCCAAUAUGAACGUCUACCUAAGCUCUGCUUCAAUUGCGGGGUCAUCAACCAUGGGAAGACGGGGUGCCCUCUCCAGAGUAAAAUGCGCCAUCAGGAGACUCCGGUAGAGUAUGGGCUGUGGUUGAGGGCAUCCUCACCAACUCGCAGGCAGGAUAGGGGGGGGGGAGCAAACAUUCGGAGAGGCCCGGAUCAUCCAGAUACGAUAAACCGACAAAAGAGAGCUACCGGCAUUAUUUUUCCGGUGAUGAAGACAUGGAACAAGAUGACGGCGGCGACCAUAGUAAAAUGCCCUCAAACCCUAAGUGCACCAAUGUUCAGAAGGAAAGGAGCGAGAAUCGGGGGAUGA